AUGAGGGAUUCCACAAGACAAGAUUUACCUUUUCCACAAGCUGAUGUAACUCUGGACCCUGAUACAGCACAUCCUCAACUUGUCCUGUCUGAGGACAGGAAACAAGUGCGACAUGGAGACACAAAGCAGGAUCUCCCUGACAACCCAGGGAGAUUUUAUCGAGCUGUCAUUGUCUUGGGAAAAGAGCGGUUUUCUUCAAGGAGACAUUACUGGGAGGUGCAGGUUGGGGACAAGACUGACUGGACUUUAGGAGUGGCCAGAGAGUCCAUUGUCAGGAAGGAAGACAUUUCAUUGAGUCCUAAUAAUGGUCUUUGGACCAUCUGGCUGAGGAAUGGAAAUGAGUAUAAGACUCAUGCUGAUCCCUCUAUGUCCCUCAACCUGAGUGUGAAGCCCCAGGAGGUGGGGGUGUAUGUGGACUAUGAGGAGGGUCAGGUCUCCUUUUACAGUGUGGAGACCAGAUCUCAUAUCUACACUUUCACUGGAUAUAAAUUCACUGAGAAACUCUAUCCAUUCUUCAGCCCUUUUCUCAAUAACAACGGUACAAACUCAAGACCACUGAUCAUCACUUCUGUCAGUCCAACAGUAUGA